AUGGCAUCCAACCUGAUGCCAGCUGCGAACGCCGAUCGCCCUCGUGUGCUUCGCAGCAAAUUCCAGUUCAUACCAACACCACUCAUCACCGUCGGACACCUGCGCAUCCCCAUCAACGACUCGGACGCACCAGUGCCAGCCGUCAAGCCCGCCAGCCUCAUCUUCCCCACGCAAGCUCCUCAGACCCCGAAGACGUGGGACGAUCCAAGCGUGGCCAAAGGCGUCAACCUGCUCUUCUUCCUGAACGGCAGAGUUGACGACAACGACCUCCGUCUUCUGACGGGCCAACUCCCCAACGUCAACUUCCGAGCCGUCAAAUCCGGCUAUUUCACCCGCUACAGAUCCAACCUGCAGAACACCAUGUGGGGCACGGGCGCCUCGUCGUGGCUCAUGUGCUUCAUCUCGAGCGAAGCCCAACUCGAGAACAUGAAGGUUCAUACCUUCAACCUGUGGAGAGAGGGGCAUCUCCUGAAGAUCCGGACUGCCCACCAGACCGACGCCGACUACGCCGAAGCUUGUGCGCAGGCCACCGAGUGCCACAAGCUAGCGACCCGCCUCGUCGCCAACGCCCUCGCCAUGUACACGAACGAGAUCGUCGCCCUCCGCAGCGAAGGCAAAUCUCCCUUCCGCUUCAAGGAACGCCGCAGCAAUGCCACUCUGCGCAAGACGUUCGUCGAGGAAGAGUGCACCCGCCUGCACGCCGUGGUCGACGAGUUGACGGACUGGCCCCAGAAGGAGUUCGAGCUCCCAGCAGCAGGAGUGACCUCAGAGGACCAGCUACCGGAGGAGCGCCUCGCCAUUGGCAUGCGCUCGCCGACCCUCCGCAGUGCUUUCUGGCGCUCCAAAGCCACCAGGAAGGUCAUCAACUCCUACUGCCGCGCCCAUGCCGCCCACAUCCAAAUCGGCCAGAUGAACUCGACGACCUCCCCGCGCUGGGCGCGGAAGAUCAUCAUCCAGUUCGCAUUCAACUGCGACGUGGCGUAUUUCUUCAUCAUCAUGCCGAGACUCGAGACCGAGCGGCUGAAGCAUGUGGAGAAUCGUCAUCUGCGGAUCAACGCGACGUUCGAGACGCAGGAUGUCGGGUAUCUUGCGCAUAUGAAGAAUUUCACGCAGGUGUACGUCGCCCAUGGCUAUGAUGCGGGUUUAGGACUGCCGACUAUGGAUGAGAUUCUUGUGGAGAGUGAGGAUACGAUGGGGACGGCUGGAGAUGGUGCUUGA